CCUCCGACUCCGAGGGAAGCCACGACGCAUUGAUUAAUAGACAACAACACAGCAAUUAGUCGGUCAUAAUCCCACCGGAAUUUGCUGCUAAUGCCGUAGUUGGAGUUACGCUUUCCGCCGAUUUGAUUCUUUGCCUUUUGCAAGACACUGUGAGAGCUUUUAAUAUACCCACCACAACCCCCAAAUCAAACAAAAUAAAUGUGGUGGAGAUCUGCUUCCUUCAUUCUCGACAGGAACGACAAUCUUCUUCAAGACGAUUCCGUUCCCAAGGCCGAAAGCCGUAUUAUCUCUCCGCCUUCAUCCUCCAUGGCCGACACCCUCAACAACCCUAACCCUAUCCCUGUCAACAACAUAUCCGCUUACUACCAGACAAGAGCGGCUCACCACGCAGUCGUUACAAGCGAUUGGCUCGCUCAGGCUCAAGCCGCCGUUGGCCAUGACCAAGAUACACUGCCAUCUGAUCCUGAUACUGCACUUAACUCCAGCAGCCCCGAAAAGCCGUUCAGCGUCAUCGAUGAGUUUAAUAACUGGAGGAAACAGCCUGAUUUGGCGGAAGCGGUGGCGGCUAUUAGGGCUUUGGCUUCUGUUAUUAGGUCUAGUGAGGCCACCACCAUGAUGGAACUCCAAAGAGAACUCAAGACAGCGUCGGAUUCUCUCAAGUCAUGGGACACAACUUCCAUCUCAUUAACAGCAGGUUGUGAUCUUUUUAUGCGCUACGUAACUAGAACUUCAGCUGUUGAAUAUGAAGACUUCAAUGCAGCCAAGUCUCGAUUUCUUGAACGCGCAUUGAAAUUUGGGGAGAUUUCUUAUAAGGCUCGAAAAAUCAUUGCAAUGCUAGGUCAAGAUUUUAUCUUUAAUGGCUGUACAAUCCUGGUACAUGGUUUCUCUAGAGUUGUUCUUGAAAUCUUGAAAACCGCAGCACAAAGCAAGAAAGUCUUUCGAGUUCUCUGCACAGAGGGGCGACCAGAUAGAACAGGGUUAAGAUUUUCAAAUGAGCUGGCAAAGCUUGAUGUUCCUGUGAAGCUCUUAAUUGAUUCAGCUGUAGCAUACAGUAUGGAUGAAGUUGACAUGGUGAUUGUGGGAGCAGAUGGAGUUGUUGAAAGUGGAGGUAUAAUUAACAUGAUGGGGACGUAUCAGAUUGCAUUGGUGGCUAAAAGCAUGGAUAAGCCUGUGUAUGUUGCUGCUGAAAGUUACAAGUUUGCUCGUUUGUAUCCAUUGGAUCAGAAGGACAUGGUACCUGCAUUAAGGGCAGUUGAUUUUGGGGUACCAAUUCCAUCAAAAGUUGAGGUUGAAACAUCUGCUAGGGAUUACACACCACCUCAAUAUUUGACACUGCUUUUUACAGAUUUGGGUGUUUUGACACCUUCUGUUGUCAGUGAUGAGCUUAUCCAGCUUUACUUGUAAGGUUGGGGAUUUGAAUUAUUUUUGGUAGAUGAUAGUGAUGAGGCUUCGACAAUUGGAGAUGAGGAUUGUUUUUACUUUUUUAUCUAUAAAUUUUGAUGAUCUGGAUUUGCAA